AUUGAUUUUCUUCCUAAUAUAUAAUCAUGAUGAUGAGUCGCAGCGCCAUGAAGCUUUUGUCGACAGCCACCGUCCGUACCAUCCGUGGCGGCGGUGAGUUUAGGCGAGGCUUUUUUGCUUUGGGAGCGCGGAACUUGAGCAGCACGGUGUCGGCCGUAAGAGAGAAGCCGCAGACGGAGCCCGGCUCCCGCUCCGCCGCUGGCCACAGCGGCUUUGAGGGCGGUGACAAGUCGGUUGUGAGUUACUGGGGCGUGGCUCCUGUGAAGCUGACCAAAGAGGACGGUACGGAAUGGAAAUGGAGCUGUUUCAAACCAUCGGAGGCCUACAAAGCAGAUGUGUCGAUUGAUUUGGGGAAGCAUCAUGUCCCUAGGGUAUGGACUGAGAAAGUAGCUUAUUGGGGAGUGAAAAUGCUCCGACUCCCCACUGAUAUCUUCUUCAAGAGAAGGUUUGAAAUGCGAGCAAUGAUGCUAGAAACCGUAGCGGCAGUGCCAGGCAUGGUGGGAGGGAUGCUCCUGCACUGCAAGUCGCUGAGGCGGUUCGAGCACAGCGGCGGAUGGAUCAGAGCACUCCUAGAAGAAGCCGAGAACGAGCGGAUGCACCUCAUGACCUUCAUGGAAGUAGCCAAGCCCCGGUGGUACGAGCGCGCCCUUGUUUUCGCAGUUCAAGGCAUUUUCUGGAACUUUUACUUCGUUGCCUACGUGAUCUCUCCCAAAGUCGCCCACCGCGCUGUCGGCUAUCUGGAAGAGGAGGCCGUGCACUCCUACAAUGAAUUCAUAAAAGAGCUCGACAGCGGCAACAUCCCGAACGUGCCGGCUCCGGCCAUAGCCAUUGAUUACUGGCGCUUGCCACCAGACUCAACUCUCCGUGAUGUUGUCAUGGUUGUGAGAGCGGACGAGGCACAUCAUCGCGAUGUAAAUCACUACGCAUCUGACAUACACUAUCAAGGACUCCAAUUGAAGGAAUUUCCUGCUCCUCUUGGGUAUCACUGAAGCCUUGGAAAUUGAUCCGCCUUCAAUCAGCCCAAUGAAUAAAGAAAGUGUUUGUAGUAUGAGGUUGAGUGAAAAUGUUUGCAGUCUGGUAAUUUUGUUCUAUUGCGACCACAGUGAUCUUGUCAUUAAUUCUCUUUUUCGUUUUGAUUGUUUUGUUUUUUUGGUUUGUAAGUUAUUAAUCAAUGAUUUUUAUGAUAUUUGUUUAAAUGGCAGAUGUUGAACUUGAGACAUACUCGACACACAAGUGUAAAUUUUGAAGGCUCUGUUUGUUUAGAAGGAAAGCAGAUUCUCGGGAAAAAUAGCGAUCGAAAGCAGAACUUUGCGGCGUCGUGGAUCAACUUAUGAACAAGAUUCAAGCAAAACUUUUUCCUGGGAUUUAGUUUUCCUAGAUACCAGACAGAGCCUAAUGAUCAAGUUCAGAACUUAAAAAAGUGGUAAUGUACUUCCAAAAUCUGGGUAAGACCCAGAUGUCGUAUUUUGCGGGUUAUUGAAAUUUCGUGAGUUUUUGCUAAAUAUCUCACUUUUCUUUCUCA